AUGCGGGUCCUUUUGCUGUUCGGGACCGUAUUAUUGUCCAUAAAAGCUUCACAAAUCCCUUGUGGAAAGGCUUCAUUCCCAUGUGAAGACUCGAUUGUCCAACCACAACAGCCAGUACGGGUCUAUGGAGUUCCCAAUCUAAAUCCAAAUGUGAUCAGACCCAAACUACCCGAGUCGAUGAUCAGAACGGUCGCUCAGGAAGCCCAGGCCGAAGUCGAAAAGAUUCUCGACGAGAGUUCGGCCAAGCCAACAUCUCCCAGUACGUUCGGGAUUCAUUAGACAGAAAAAUUGUGAUUAGUAUUGCAAUAAUCUUUUGGAAUUCAUAUUAUAUUUUGAUGUUCUAGGGCAUUCCAUGGCCGCUGCGAUGGCCAACUUUAUUCGAAUGCACUCUGUGAAUCAUCUGACAAAAGCUCAGAGUAUCCCCGCUUACAUUUCUGACAGUAUGACAAAGAAGUUGUUAAAGUAAGGCUAUUUUUUAUAAUUACUUUUUUUAGGCUGUCGUGAAAAGAUUGUUAUAAAAAUGUCAUUAAAUCAAUUUCCUUUACCAUUUCAGACUCGGUCUCCGAGAAUCGGAUGUCUUCGAUGGCCUCGAUGAAUCUCUCCUCCAGUCCACUUACUUUGGUCGGACUUGUCAUCAAGUGAAAAAUGAGACCUGUCCUCCUACUUUCUACCGUAGUUACAACGGCCGAUGCAAUAAUGUUCAGCAUUCGGAAUGGGGCGUGGCCUCAGGGCCUUAUCAGCGGUUGAGCCCCGCUUCUUAUGCUGAUUCGACCUCCGCUCCGCGAGACAGUAAGACGGGAAAGGGAUUACCAAAUGAGAGACUUGUUUCCUUGGAAGUGUUCAAAGAGCCCAGUCAAAGGCAUGAGGGAUUAACUCAUCUGGUCCCUUAUUGGAUGUAUAUUGUGGCCAGCGAUUUGGCAGAGAGUGCGCCAAACCAGCUCAUCUUGAAUGGUUAGUGACAUUCAUUGUUUAAUUUAGACUUAAGUCGAUUUUAUGUUCUUUCCGUAUAUUAUCCAUGACAAAUAUUUCGACCGGUACAUUUUUUCUCAUUAUUAUGGUAUAAGAUAUCACAUGGCGGAUAUUUAGUGAUAUCUUUUGCACGUUGCUUUCCUCGAAACGCUUGCGUAAUCCCGGCUUGGUUUCGAUCUUACUCAAUCGCGGGAGAAUCCAGCGAAAAACAAGAUUUCCUCGCUCUCAAGCCACUGCUGGAUUUAUGAGUUUUUCCGCGACAAAACAAGUAUUGCGCAAUUGUAAAAAAGUCUUUGGAAUAACACGUGUAGCUCGAUUGCGUGAUAAGAAAUUGAAAACCAAAAUUCGUAAAAAUUUGUCGUCAUAAAUUCGUAAUUCUAUUCGUUUCACAGGUGAAUCGAACCCACUUCCAUGCUGUUCGGCCGACGUUCGGCAUCCCGAUUGCCUGUCCAUCCAAAUCUCGGCGGCUGAUCCAAUUUACAAUGCCUCAGGCACUACUUGUUUGCCCAUGUCUCGAACUCUCCCUGCUCAGCCAAACGAAUGCAAAUUGGGCCAUAGAGAACAGGCCAAUCAGGCCACUUCUUAUCUGGACAUGAGCUUCUUAUAUGGUUAGCUUAUUCACCAUCAUCAUCAUGUCAUCUUACAUUUGAUUACAAUUGAAAUUGUUUUAGGUAAUUCCAAAGAAGACGUAACCAAACUCCGCGCCUCUGGAGGCCGAUUACUUUCGUCUGGGGCUUCUGACUUCCCAUCGCCCGACAAAUCAUUCGCGCCUUUCUGUAGAUCCCAUCUGAACAACAACUGCUUCCUCAGCGGAUCCAAAGACGUAAAUCUUUUGCCAGGGAUUACCGGAUUACACAUUGUCUGGCAUCGACAACACAAUUUCAUUGCCAAUGGACUGCGAGUACGUGGGAUCUCAUAUCCAUAACACUUAUUUUGAUGCGCAUUAUCAUCAGACCUUAUUUUAGAAACUGAAUCCCCGAUGGAAUGAGGAUCGUUUGUUCGAAGAGACCAGGAAGAUCACCAUCGCUCAGUUUCAACAUAUCACCUACAAUGAGUUCUUGCCAUUAGUUUUGGGACAGGAAGCGAUGAAUCAUUACAAAUUGACCCCUUCUGCUAAUGGAUACACAAGUGAUUAUGACAUGGAUUUGAAUGGGGCCACGUUGAAUGAAUUCGCGGUUUUGGCAACAUCCUUGGCUUGCACUUGGAUCAACAAACAUUCAGAUGAUUUGGUGGCCGCCUACAACAAUCCGGACGCUUUCUAUCAACGAAAUGGAUUCGAAAGAGUCGUUUAGUAGGUUUCUUGUUAUAUAUCGUUGUAUGAUGAGUUUAUCUGUAAGUAAGUACAUAAUUUCUGUAAAUUUUAGCGAGCUCAUCACGGCCAACAUGGAGACGACUGGCCCCAAGAUGAGUGAAGGGUUCAGAGGUCGAUUCCUAGCAUCUUCUCCAUUCCAACCCGGUCUGGAUAUGGUGACCAUGGCCUUGAGACAGAGCAGAGAACAUGGAAUCCCGUCUUAUGCUACGAUCAGAAGACAAUGUGGGUUCGGAAGAGUAAGUUGAAAUACAUUAGAAUUGGAUUUGGAAUACUUUGAGUAAUUUUUGUUUUAGAUCUACACAUUCAAUGAUUUGAGAAGUGACGUCAUCAGCUUCGAAUUGUUGCAACGAAUGAGUGAUGUCUAUGACUCCGUGGAUGAUAUUGACCUCCUGGUUGGAGUUUUGGCCGAGAAACCGAAGAAAGGAGCUCUGGUUGGCCCAACUUUAGCGUGUAUUCUGGGAACCCAAUUCUAUAAGGUAAGAAGUGAUCCGAAAACAAGUCUAAUAUAACAAAUUGUAUUGCUCCCUGUAUUUUAUUCUAAUCCUAACACGUUAUAGACCAAGAAAGGAGAUCGUUUCUGGUAUGAGAACUUCUUCUCGACCUCCUCAUUCACCGACGAUCAGCUGGUUCAAAUCAGACAGACCACAAUGGCCUCGGUUUUGUGUCAAGUUGGAGGUCAACAACAACUUCAACCAUCGGUCUUUAUGAAAUCUGAUCAAUAUGAAAAUGCGUUUGUCAAAUGUGACUCAAAAACCAUUGACAAGAUCGACUUGAGUGCCUGGAAAGAUGAUGACAAUACCAUUGAGUUCCCAGUGACCAAGGAAACCUUGAUGAAAGUAAUAGAAUUGGCCAAGUUUAACGUCCAGGAAAGAGAACGACGGGAAUCCUUGAAUAUCCAAAAAAGUGCGAGAGUUAAUGACAUAUCUUUUUAUUCGCCUGGAGUACUGUAACAAUACUGUUUUAGAUCAGCGCCAAUUCCAAAAAGGAGAUCCCCUCUAUGCAUAUUCUAACAUGAUGAGGCCCAAAACAGAGACAAAGAUCUUCAGCAAGGUCGCUGAUGUGCUUCUGGAGUCCACAAGGAUCCUGACUGAAGGGUAAUCAUUCAAUUUAUUCUUCUAAACGUUAACUUUAGACGAACAUUGCCCGAUGGAGAAGUUCUUCCCAAACUUUCCAACGAUGUUCUCGUCAAACUAUUGCCUGAUGUUGGGAUUGAAAGUCUGUUUAAUAACUUCACCGCCUUCUUGAGUGAGAAUGGAAGGGCGACGUUGGAAGAAUGCCUUCCCAGGCAGUUGCCUUGCGAUCACACAAGUAGAUUUAGAACCUAUUCUGGGUGGUGCAACAACUUGAAACAUCCCGAAUUUGCAAACGCUUUCACUCCUCUGCAACACUUACUGAAGGUAAAGUCAUGACGCAAUAUUUAUUUAUGACGCAAUUACCGUACCGCUAUUUGUUAAUGCUGAUUUUUUAUGAUUACAAAAUAAUCUCUAAUGCAUUUCGUUGUUUGCAGCCCGCCUAUGAAGAUGGAUUUGAUGCUCCCCGUUCCAAAGCAAAAUCUGGCAAGAAUCUUCCAUCUCCCCGGAUCAUCUCCAAUGUUGUUCAUGCUGAUGUCAACAUCAGUCAUUCCAAGUUCACUCAUAUGGUCAUGCAAUUUGGACAACUCGUUGAUCACGAACUUACACAUUCCCCCGUUGCUCGCGCUGCAAAUGACGACAUCUUGAACUGCACCAGAUGCGAUUCCCCAAUCACAAUUUCCAAGCAUUGUAUGCCUUUGAGAGUCGAGCCCGGAGAUCCACAUUUCCCAACAUUCUUGGAUGGGGAACCUAGAUGUCUGCCGUUUGCUCGAUCUCUCCUUGGACAAGUCAAUCUGGGAUACAGAGCUCAGAUUAAUCAGGUAACCCCUUAGAAAUAGUAUUCAUCUUGUCUUUAGUUGACUGCAUUCGUUGAUGGAUCAGCUAUCUAUGGAUCAACCACUUGCGAAUCCAACAAUCUGAGACUCUUCUCGGGCGGCCUAAUGAACUUUACUAACCUCGGAGAAGGGAAUCACAUGGCCUUACCUCAAGGAGAACAAGAAAAAGAUUGCCGGUCCUCCCCUCGAGAGCAAUGUUUUGUUGCUGGAGAUGAAAGAAACAGCCAUCAGCCGGGCUUGACGAUGAUGCACACUUUCUUCCUAAGAGAGCACAACCGAAUUGCGAAGCAACUGGCCAAGAUUAAUCCUCAUUGGAAUGACGAGCGACUGUUCCAAGAGACCAGACGGAUUCAUGUGGCGCAAUUCCAACAUAUCACCUUCAGUGAAUUCGUCCCAAAACUCAUUGGAAACGAGCUCCUGAGUGAAUAUGAUCUUGUUCCCUUGAAGAACGGAUAUUACACCGGCUAUGAUGACACAUGUAAUGCCGCUAUUUCCCAGCCCUUUGCAACCGCUGCUUAUCGCUUUGGCCACACUUUGGUCCGCCGAAUGUUCCCUCGAAUGGAUCCCAACUACAAGGAAAUGGCCGAGCCAGUGGAUCUGGCUCAACAUUUUGGUCAUGUUGGUCCCAUUUACAAUCAAUCGGCUGGAGGAAUGGACUCAAUGUUGAUGGGAUUGCUGGGCACCCCGGCUAUGGCAUUCGAUCGGCAUAUAACUUCGGCAUUGAGAAACCAUCUGUUUGCCAAGAGAGGAUUGGAAAAGUCAGGAAUGGAUCUAAUCGCCAUCAAUAUGCUGAGAGCCAGGGAUCACGGAGUCCAGCCUUACAACGAAUUCAGACAACUCUGUGGAUUCCGAAAAGCACAGAGAUUCGAAGACCUCCUAGAUUUGAUGGAUUCCAGCGCUGUGAAUUCCCUAAAGUCCGUAUACGAGCAUGUGGAUGACAUUGACCUUUUCCCCGGUCUUACUAGUGAAAAGCCCCGAUUUGGAGCUCUUCUGGGCCCCACCAUGAGUUGCAUCAUCGCGGAACAAUUCCGUCGAUUGAAGAAAUGCGACCGAUUCUAUUAUGAGAAUGAUAAUCAGGCCGCCCGAUUUACUCCUGCUCAGCUUCAGGAGAUCAGGAAAGUAAAGCUGGCGUCAAUCUUCUGUCAGAACAGUGAAUAUCUCAAGUUCUUGCAACCAAAUGUAUUUGAUUUACCGGAUAACAUGAUGUAAGUCAUCGCCAUAUUAUAAUUACGUCUGUUGCGAAACGCUAUGAAAGGGAGUGCUUACCUCAUUUUUAUUCAGGAACGCCCAUUUGAGUUGUAAAGAAUUUGAGAAGAUCGAUCUGGACUUGUGGAAGGAGACUCGUAAGUACAACGUAUUCCGGGAAAAAUCAUCUUUUUUAGCCGAAUGUGAGAUCAAUGGUCUGAAGAUUCAAUCAGGAGAAUCCAGAAGAAUAACCCCGUGUAUGAACUGCAUCUGCACUUCUGAGGGAGUAAGUUGGUCGUCGAAUGUAACAUAUAAGAAUAUAAAAUUAAAAUAUAAUAAUACUGUCUCGUUUAGCCCGAGUGUGCUCCAAUUCGAAUUCAAAACUGCGAGAAACUUCUCCAACAAUACGAUGUAAAUGACAUCAAAAAAGUAAGCAAAAACUUCUGAUUUUAAUAAAAAAUAUCCGUUAAGGAUGCAUCGUGCAUUACGCAAUGCGCUGAGAUACUGAGCUCGGUGGAUUCGAAAGCCUCGUCUUUCUAG